AUGGAGAAAGAGGAAGAAUGCACUUCUGCUAGGCGAUCGCUGUUUGGAGUGGAAAACAGUAAUUAUAUGGAUAUGCCAACGCCGGGGGAUGAUGAGGUAGUGAUUGAUAAUCAUGGUGUAGUGUUGGGGAAUGAUGAUGAUGAUGUGGUGGUUUUAGAGCCAAUGCCGGGAAAUGAUAAAGAAGAUAUUUCAGCAGAGCCAACCUCAGGAAAUAAUGAUGAUGGGGUUUUAGAACCAACGCCGGGAAAUGAUGAUGAUGAGGUUUCAUUUCCAACGCUGGGAAAUGAUGAUGGUGAUGGUGGGGUUUCAGAGCCAACGCCGGGGAUGUUUUUUAAAACUGAGAAAGAACUCAUUUACUACUACAAACAAUAUGGGAGACAGGCUGGAUUCGGCAUAAUGACACAAAGAAGUAAAAGGGAAGAUGAUGGGAGUGUUAGAUAUGUAACACUUGGUUGUGCUCGUGGUGGUAAGGCAAGAAAACGUAUUACCAACUUUUCUAAACCUCGCCCAACAACGAAGACUGAUUGUAAGGCAAGAAUUAAUGCAGUUUUGGCUGAUGGUGUCUUACGUAUAACUACUGUCUACAAUGCACAUAACCAUGGGUUAAGUCCACAAAAGGCAAGAUUUUUUAGAUGUAAUCGCGCAAUUGAUGAUUCCGUAAAGAGGCAGUUAGAUAUUAACGAUAAGGCAAACAUAGAUAUGUCCAAAAGUUUUAGCUCAUUGGUUGUCGAGGCCGGUGGUUUUGAGAAACUUCCAUUUAUUGAAAAAGAUGUCCGGAAUUAUAUUGACAAAGCUCGACACCUUAGACUUGGCAAAGGAGGUGCUGAUGCACUUCGUGGUUAUUUCGAGAGAAUGCAGUAUAAGAAUGAUGGGUUUUACUCAUCAAUGGAUUUGGAUGAUGAUGGUCGAUUAAAAAAUGUCUUCUGGGCCGAUGCACGCAGCAGAGCAGCGUAUGAGUAUUUUGGGGAUGUUGUGACAUUUGAUACAACAUACCUGACAAACCGAUAUGGUAUGCCAUUUGCCCCGUUUGUUGGUGUUAACCACCAUGGUCAGUCUAUACUUUUGGGAGCGGGUUUGAUAUCAAGUGAAAAUACUGAAACAUUUGUUUGGUUAUUUGACACUUGGUUGAAAUGUAUGGAUGGGAGGGCGCCAAAAGCUAUCAUUACUGAUCAAGACAGGGCUAUGAAAAAUGCUAUAGCAAUAGUCUUUCCAAACUCUCGACAUAGAUACUGUUUGUGGCACAUAAUGAGAAAACUACCAGAGAAGUUGGGUUCACAUGCUGAAUUUAAGUCUGGUUUAAAAAGUGGAUUGCAGAGAUGUGUUUAUGAUUCUCAGACUUCUGACGAGUUUGAGAAGUCUUGGGAGGUAUUCACUGAUACCUACAAUUUGAAGGAAAAUGCAUGGCUUCAAAGUCUCUAUAGUGAGCGAAUGUAUUGGGUUCCUGUAUAUCUGAAAAAUACAUUUUGGGCCGGGAUGAGCACAACUCAGAGGAGUGAGAGCAUGAAUGCCUUCUUUGAUGGAUAUGUACAUUCAGGGACUACUUUGAAAGAAUUCGUCGAUCAAUUCGACAAUGCACUGAGGAAGAAAGUAGAAAAUGAGAUGGCAGCGGAUUUUCACUCAUUCAAUGCCACAGUACCUUGUAUAUCUCAUUUACCAUUGGAGAAAAAAUUUCAGGCAGUGUACACGAAUUCGAAAUUUAAGGAAGUGCAGUCAGAGGUAAUGGGGAUUAUCUACUCUUACUGUGUUAUCAUAAAAACAGAAGGGGCUAUUACCACGUAUCAAGUUAAUGACAGUCGACAGGUUGAAGACGGCAUCAAGAAGUCAAUUGUGCAGGCGUACUUUAAUGAAGAAGAGUGUGAGGUGAAGUGCAUGUGUGGGUUAUUUGAGAUGAGAGGAAUUAUAUGUAGGCACAUGCUUUCAAUAUUCGCCGCAAGGGAUGUCCAAGUGUUGCCAGAGAAGUACAUUAUGGAGAGGUGGAGGAAGGACAUUAAAUGUAGAUAUGUUCUCAUUCGAAGCAGUUACGAUGACUUGAGUGGUAAACCAGCUGCUACUCGAUACUCUGGAUUGAUUAAAAUAUGUUAUGAAGUUGCUACAAAUGCAUGUGAAAGCGAAGAAAAUUCCCUGGAUAUGACAGAGAAGCUUAAGGCAAUGAAUUCGAUUUAUACUAAAUCAAAGCCCCAAGCGACUAUUGCAAGCACUUAUAUUUCCGCUAAUGCUGAAAUUGGAAGUUCGAAAAAAGUGUUGAGUCCUCGUGUUGUCAAAGGCAAAGGUAGGCCCCCAUCAAAGAGAAAACAACCUACCAUAGAGAAGUUGCAAACCAAGAAUAAAGUUGGUGGCAAGCGACAGAGAAAAAGUGCAACUUCACAACUGAAAGAUGUACUAAACGCCGCAGAUUCAGUAAACCAAAUUGGUACACCACAAAGUGUACCAUCGCAACUGCCUGGUACACAACAAAGUGUUAUUUCCCAGGUGAACUUCGACAUGCAUGGCCCUCAGGUCAGUGAAGAAGUGGAGCGUGCUUUGACAAAGCUAGGACAUUCUCCACUGGCUGGAAGGAAUAAACUACGGCAGAAGAGAGAAACAAAGGAGAAAACAGAGGAGAAAAGAACAGAGAAAAUUCUAAAUCAAUUCCUUAUAUUAUAUAAAGAGUCCAGCUACAGAGAAGCCACUGUAGCGGGGCACACUUUGCACUCACUACGUGGCGUCCCUCCUCCCUUGACAGCAACCGGCAUGCAGUUUCUCUACCCAGAGGCUCCCGGCGACGUCGAGUAUCUCGUCAGCGCCACCGUGGGGCACUGCUCCGUCAGCCCAGUUCCGACGCAUAACCCGGUAAACAAAUUUCAGAGUGGCUAA